AUGAGUGAGUUAGAUUAUACUCCUGAAGACUUGGAAAAGCUGAGCGUUCGUACUGCUGAUUCAUUUCAUAUGGAGGAUAAGUUUAACUUAAACCGUGAGUUUUCGGAUUUAGCAUACUGUUUAGUUUAUAUAUUGACGGCGUUUACCAUUUUUUAAAAGGUUAAUAUGCCUACUUUAAAAACAGCAUUUUUAAUUUAUAAAGUUACUUUUAGUGAGUCAACGCACCUUACAUGGAGUAGAAUCUUUGGAGGAAGAUUUCAGUGGUGACUCAACGGAAAUGGAAGAAGCUAAGCUGGAUUGUCUAAAAACUGACAAAAGAGAUCUUGAGGCAAGUUUAUAAGCUAAUUAAUUGGAUUUUAACUUUUACAAAUGAGAUUUUACUGUAGUUACGGUUAUUUUUAGGCCGAUAUCUCUAUUCCAUCUUCUUACACUGCGAAAGAACUCAACACUCCUAGCUUCAUCAGUGUUGGAGAGCUUAGAGGAGGCCUUCAACAAUGUUCUCGUGGCGAAAUGGGAAUUAGAGGUAAUUUUAUACCCGUAUAUAUUAAACUUAUACUAAAAAUUACCAUAAAAUAAAUUAUAAAUUUUAGAAAAACGCCCAUAUCAAUCGUUUUAUCACCAACCUGAUUUGAACCCACCGAAUCAGUACGAGACCUUCGAUCUGCAAUCUCACGAUGACAUAGUCAAGGCUAGUCAGUAUCAGGCCCCAGACAUGAGAGACUACACCGUCUGUCACACUCAUGCAUACUGGCUCAAAGUCCAAAGUCUUCAGGGCAACAAAACCGAAGAGAAGGAAUAUCCACACGGCGAUUCUGUCUACUGUAUCAACUAA